AAGCCUCUGCACCGCUUCCUGUUUGGCAUGGCCGGUGCGUUGCGGUCGUGUUGUCAACGCAUUGAAAAUAUAUGCUGUUUUAGCCCAUUUCACACCCAAACUUUACGUUUAAUACAUUCAGUCAAUCCAAGAUGUAGUAAAAGAUUAUUGUUAAGGCAUCAAACUGCCUGGACAAAGCUUCUACCUGUUUAUAGAAAGCCUUGUCUUGGUCGAUGGCAGUGUUCUACAAAGUAUAGAGAAUCUUCAUGUAAAACACGGCCGGGGCCUGUUUUUGGACAGGCUUCUAAAAAUGGCUUUCUUAGGAGGGCUUGUGUCAGUACGGGCCACCCAUCAUCAUCCACAUCAACCGUCAACUCCAAAGACAACACCAAACAUGUGAAGGAUGAAGUAAAGGCCUUGGACAUCACUCGGGCCAUGCUGGGAUAUGUCUGGCCCAAGGAUAAACCUGGCAUUCGUAUCCGAGUCGUAGCGGCUAUGACACUUCUUAUCAGUUCAAAGGCUGUGAAUGUCCAAGUACCGUUUAUAUUUAAGUAUGCUGUAGACUUUCUUAACGAACCUAGUAAUAUAUUGAACAUGGCUUCAGCACCAGCUACUGUGAUCACCUCAGCUACGGCAAUACUUCUUGGCUAUGGAGUUGCUAGGACCACUGCCCAAGCCUUUCAUGAGCUACGUAAUGCCUUAUUCGGGAAAGUUGCACAAGAUUCCAUUAGACGUGUGGCAAGGAAGGUUUUCCUACACCUACACAGCUUGGAUCUGGCCUACCACCUCCAACGACAGACAGGGGCUUUGUCUAAGGCUAUUGACCGAGGCACAAGGGGUAUAAACACUACCCUGACGGCUCUGAUAUUUAAUCUAGGACCAACAAUUUUGGAAUGCCUCCUUGUGACUUCCCUACUGUACUACAAUUGUGGAUUAGUCUAUGCUGAAGUGGCAAUCGGGUGCAUAUCUGUGUAUGCCACAUUUACACUGGUAUUUACACAGUGGAGGACAAAGUUUCGAAAGCAGAUGAAUGCAGCCGAUUCUGAUGCAGGAAAUAUGGCUAUUGAUUCCCUGAUCAAUUAUGAGACUGUCAAGUAUUUUAACAACGAAACAUAUGAGGCAGACAGAUAUGACAAAGUCCUCGCUAAGUAUGAGCAGGCAUCGCUCAAAAUAACUACAAGUCUUGCUGGCCUCAAUUUUGGCCAGAACUUCAUUUUCAGCGUGGGCCUGACUACAAUGAUGGUUCUCUGCAGCCAAGAUAUUGCAGCAGGUACGAUGACAGUGGGAGACCUGGUCAUGGUCAACGGCUUGUUGUUCCAGCUGUCUGUCCCACUCAACUUCCUGGGCUCUGUGUACAGAGAUGUAAACCAGGCCAUUAUUGACAUGCACACAAUGUUCAGCUUGCUGAAAAUCAAAAGCAGUGUACAGUCCUUGCCUAAUGCUCCCCUGCUGAAGGCCUCUCCCCAGAAGUCGGCCAUUUCCUUCGACAAUGUGCACUUUGAGUACACCCCUGGCCGUGGCAUUCUGAACGGAUUGACCUUUGAUGUACCAUCCGGCAAGAAAGUAGCCAUUGUCGGUGGAAGUGGAUCAGGGAAGUCUACGAUAGUAAGAUUGUUGUAUCGUUUCUACGAUCCCCAACAAGGCAGCAUCACCAUUAACGACCAGAGUAUACAGGAACUGAACCUUGACAGCGUGAGGCAGGCCAUAGGAGUGGUACCUCAGGUAGUUACCUCAAGACAUUUUUAUUCUCCCGCCAUUAAAUUGGAGGGCAUAAAGUGUUGUCCUAGUCCGUCCCGUCCCGUCAAACAGUCAUUUAGGCCAAUCACAGAACAGAACAUCCUAGCAGCUCUUCGUAGGAUAACAAUGGGCCGCACUACAAUAGUGAUAGCACACCGGCUGUCAUCGGUGGUGGAUGCUGACGAGAUCUUGGUGCUGGACCGAGGCACAGUGGCCGAACGUGGAACACACUAUGGACUGCUAGCCAAUCCUCUCAGUCUGUACACAGAGCUGUGGAAUAAACAAAACCAGCUUCCAGAUAGUAAAGUUCAGGAACAAGAGUCUGAGGAAACACAGUGAUAGUUUCAUGUAUUUUAAUUUAUGAAUUUGUUUGUCCUACUGGUUUAUGAUGAAAGCAUUUAAACAUCAAGCUAUAUAGCAAUACACUGGUGUUUGAUGUAUGUCAUAGCAGGGUCUUUUCAGCAAAUGGCAUAGUGUGGACAGAUGGUCAGUUACAUUCUAUUAUAUUUAGAACUGAUUUUGGUGCUAAAAUAAAAACAAAUUUAUUUAAUAUACCGGGAACAAUUUGCCAUCAUUCUUGUUGAUAUCAUUGGAAUAGUUGAGCUAGAUUGAUAAAGUAGGAUUCAAACUCGGUAGCACAUAAUGUAACAUUGUUUCUUCUUUGGUGUUACAUUUUAAGUUUAAUAUAGAGGGCCUAUUUCCAGUGUUCUUUUCUGGACGUUUUAGUAGCAUGGUCCAAGGCUCCUAAAAAACGUUUCCUGUUAUUCUUGAUAUCAGAAUGUUGACUCAACACGACUUGAAAUUGUUAUGUUAGCUUUAUACUGAAUGCUGAAUGUAAGAAUUUUCUUCUGUUAUUUUUGGUAUCAAUUAUUAUGUUCCUGUUUAUUUCCAUUCUGCUGUACAUAAUGUGCUGUAAAGCCAGUGAUGUUGCCAAGAUGGUAACACAUCAACUUAGGAUUAUGUUUAACCAGAAGAUUAUAUUUGAUAUACUGGAUACAGAUUUAAAUAACCAGACUGUAUUUUUACCAGUUUAACAUUGUUAUUGCUGUGUGCUGGAGGUUAAUAGAACUAUUCUGCAGCAAGUCGGUGAUUGUUUACCGUCGUUGUUAUGGUUACAUAAUGGAUGUUACUAUGUAGAUGUUUGUAUUUAUUUGGUACGGUUGUGGUUACCUUGUAAACAAAUCAAGUUUAACCGAUCAUUUUGUUGUUAAUUUCCAAUAUAGAUGCGUGAUAGUGUAAAUGGUUAUAGAAAAUUAUAUGAUUUAAUGUACAGCAAUCCACUGUAAAUGCUGUGGACUGGAAUAUUAUAUCAAGCUUGGGUUGGCAUCUUAUCACCAAAGUGCUUGUCCAGACCUAAUAAGUAAUUAUUGGACCUCGGAACAUUUGUUGAUGCAUCUUAAAAGGUGGUGUAUUAUGACAAGACAUUGUGUUGCAUGAUAUCAUCAAAAACUGUUAAAUGAUAAACAAAAUCAGUGUAUCUGUGAGUACUAGCAUACUGCACCCCGAAGCUGAAAAACACAAGGGGUCAUGUCCUAUCACAGCAAUACUUGUCUGAACGGUAAAUUUUGAACCUCUGACAUCAUUUGAUAGAAUGUUUUAUAUUUGUUCAUCAUAACUAAAGAUUGUUUUCAGGUUCUCAAUGAGAAUAUUAAUUUGUGGUUUUCUGUUUACUUUGUUUAUAUUAUGAAAAAAUCUACAAAACAUAUCUGUGUUCUGGAAUUAAAAUAAUCCCAGUUGGACAAAGUGGUAAAAAUAUGUUGCUUUUGCUUUAUUUCUCAGUAUUUUUGUUAAUUGUUCUGUAGAAAUUUAAUGUGAUAAUUGACGCAACUAAAUUCUGGUGCUUUCUUUUUGUUGGUAUCCAAAUAUGUCAAUCCUUUUAGCAAUAAGAAUUCUCCCUCUUCCUUAUAUCAAUCAGUGAUGAGAAAUAAAUCAAUUUGAUAUUGUUUGAAAGACAAAGUGAAGAAUUUUUGUAUACCUAAAGUGUCGACAGUUGGAUAAAACAAAGCAUUGGACACAACUAUUCUUUUUCAAUACAGAUUUCUUUUUAUCAUUUAAGUACCAGUAUUCUGUAUCAAAUUUAUAAUGAUAUUUAUUAAUCAUAUAGCUCCAGUAAUCAAUAGGAUAUGCAGUAAUCAGAUGUACAAUUAACAGGUAUCCACAGAGGAUCGUAUUUACACUGUGUACACAAAAUUUCCAGAUAAACUGUUCCAUUAACUAUGUCACCCAGUUAACUUGAGUAGACUCUACCAUACAAUCAUUUGGACGAGUCCAUUAAGGUCUACAGUGGUGAAAGGGUUAGAACAUCUAUCGUACUCUACAGGACGUUUCGGUUUUGUUAAGGGUACCAACAGUAAAAGUUGUGAACUUGUUGGUAGAUGUAAUAGGCAGUUAACCCAACCAUACUAAGCUGUAUUUAAAUUUUGCACAUUUUGGUCGUUAAAUAUUGUUUUAUAGCACAUACAUUGUGAUUGCAAAAAUUAAUCAAUGUGCUUCUGUUAAAAUUUGAUAAAACACUAAAAUUUGAGUCCACUAAAAUAAGUACUUUAAUAAUAUUAUCUUUAGGUCUGGUUGAUUUUUUACUGGUGUCAAUCCUAAGAAACUGCCUGUAAAAAAGGUAACAUACCUGUUAUGAACAGACUUGAUCAUGACAUCACACAUAUCCUGUACCUCGAUUAGUACAGGAAUGGAUGUUUGGACAACCCUUUUUCCCCCUCUUUAUGUUUGGUUAUAGUUGUUUCCUUUAUUUUCACACUGAAAUGUGCUGUGAUUUUGUUUUGGAAACCAUUUUUAAAUAUACCAGAAAUGUGAUAAAGAAUAAACAAAAUAGAGUUGA